AUGGAUUAUGUUUGGUUUCCUUUUUUCCUCCUUGCUUUCAUACUCAUCAUCUUGUUAACGAGACCACAAAAGAAGAAGGUACCACCAGGCCCUUCUAAGCUUCCCAUAAUAGGAAAUUUACCCCAAUUAGGUGACUUGCCUCACCGAUCUCUAUGUGAUUUCUCCUUCAAAUAUGGGUCUCUUAUGUUUAUCAAAAUCGGUUUUCUAUCUACCUUUGUAGUCUCUUUUGCUGAAACUGCAAAAGAGAUUUUUAAGACCUAUGAUCUUCAUACUUAUUCAAAUUACUGGAGAGAGUUAAAGAAAUUAGUUGUUUGCGAGAUUUUUAGUAUCAAGAGAAUACAGUCAUUUCAAUUCAUUUGGGAAGAUGAAGUUAGUCUUCUUUUGGAUGUCAUCUCCCAAGCAGCAUCUUCUUCGAACCCAAUCAAUCUCACACAUCAAAUAUUUACUUACAAUGCUAGCAUAAUAUUCAGGAUGGCUCUAGGCUAUAACUUUCGUGGUAGUGAUCAUGACAAAAGUAGUUUUCAUCGUUUGCUUCACAAUAUUUCUAGCUUGUUGGGUGAAUUCAGUGCAGAAGAUUAUCUACCAAACUUGGGUUGGAUCAUUGAUAGAGUUAACAGCCACCAUGAAAAGCUUGAAAGAGUCUUUCAUGAACUAGACACCAUCUUCCAAAAUGCCAUUUAUGGACAUCUUCAUCUAGAGAGGAACGACCAACAAAAUAAGGACAUUAUCGAUGUGAUGAUGGAAUUAGAUAAGGAUAAUCAAUAUCACUCAAAUAAAUCAUCCCUUCAAAGUGAUAAUAUAAAAGGAUUACUCAUGAACAUCUUCUUUGGUGGAAUUGACACUAGUGCAAAUACUGUGAUGUGGGCAAUGACAGAGCUUAUUCGCAACCCAAGGGUAAUGAAGAUUGCAUAA